ACAAAAAUGACCGAUAAAGAGCAGCUGACUCAGAGGGAUACGAAUGAACGGCAGCGUGAAGCGGAGAAUUUACGAAGGAUUGCGUUUUGCGGCGUAGCUGUUUCAACAGUGGCGACAGUACUAUGCGUUAUUUCCGUGCCAAUCAUUUACAAUUACAUGCAGCAUCUGCAGUCUAUGAUGCAGAAUGAGGUGGAUUUUUGCCAGUCACGAUCUGGCAACAUUUGGCGUGAAGUUAUGCGUGCGCAGUUCCUUGCCAAAUCCGCUGAUGAGUCACGGACAAAGCGAGCCGAUGUUAGUUCAAGUGGUCUAGUGAGUCGUGCAACAAGAGAUGUACCGGAAUGUUGCGGAUGUGGCAUAUCACCGCCCGGACCACCUGGUCCACCAGGACCGGACGGUAAAGACGGGAAAGAUGGUGAGCCAGGACCACCCGGAAAGGAUGCCCCCGAAGUUGUCAGUGUUCCGGCACUUGCUGCCCCCCAUGUUCGUCUUUUUUUUUUUUAA